AUGCUCGGUAUUCUCUCCGAGCUCCAAACAUUUUCACAAUCCUUCUGCGCGUUAUCAAGCACAUCAAGCAUCCUAACACAUCAACCCACCAUGAGCUUUCAACAUUUCCAUCCUGCCUUCAAGGAGAUCACAGGACAAAACCCAGAAAUCAAACCCCACCUUGAAAACGAGUACCCUUUCGCCCACGAAGCUGGCGUGUAUAUCCCCUCCAAAGACCAACUCUUCAUCACCAGCAACCUCAUCACAAAAAACAACCACCAACGAAUUCAAAUCUCAAAAAUCCAGUUAAAUGACACCAAAUGUACCCAAGAAGAGAUUCACCCAGACAUCCCCAUGGGAAAUGGCGGCGUUAACUAUCAAGAUGGCGUGCUAUUCUGCAGCCAGGGAACACUCGACCGACCCUCUAGUCUAAUAUACAUGGAAAUCGAAGUCCCAUACAAGUGCACAACCAUUCUCGACAGUUUCUACGGUCGGCAGUUCAAUUCAAUCAACGACGUGGUUAUCCAUAGCGAUGGGUCAAUUUGGUUCACCGAUCCUAUUUAUGGAUUCAAGCAGGGGUUUCGUCCGAAACCCGAGUUGCCGGUGCAGGUUUAUCGGUAUGACCCAGUUACGAAGGCUGUGCGUGUUGUGGCGGACGGGUUUGGGAGACCGAAUGGGAUUUCCUUCUCGCCUGAUGAGAAGGUUGUUUAUGUAACCGAUACGGAUGCUGUUCAGGGAGAUGGAAACAUAGAAUUGAGUCGCGCAGCUACUAUUUAUGCAUUUGAUGUUGUACACUAUCAUGGACAGCCAUUUCUGACGAAUCGCCGUGUCUUUGCCAUGGCAGAUAAUGGUAUUCCGGAUGGCAUCAAAUGCGAUCUUGAGGGCAAUGUGUACAGUGGCUGUGGUGAUGGGAUUCAUGUCUGGUCGCCGGGUGGUGUGCUUCUGGGCAAGAUGCUUAUUCCCGGUGGCGUUGCCAAUUUCUGCUUCGAGAAACCCGGGAAGAUUUUGGCUUUGAAUGAGACGCGAUUGUGGCGGAUUUCUCUCGCUCCAUCUCGUCGGGGAGCUCUGCUCGGAAUUUGA